AUAGAAAAGAUUCGUCGUUCGACGUAAACACGAUCGUUCACCUUGUCAUCAUGUGUGUUGCGUGUAACCGUCAUUUCAAACCGAGGGAACAACCGUUAGAACGCUGAUAUUUGCCCCCGACAUUUUGGCUCGAUCAGACAGGAGGGCGAGGAUUACAGUCGAAGAAAAUUGUCCCAUCCGGACGCACGUACAUUAUUAUACGCCGCGUACUUUGUUUCAUAGAUGUUAAAGCCGUUAAUUUAUUAAAGUAUUUCGUUUCGAAUUGUUAGUUCUUGUUGUGCAUCAUCGUCCGUUCAGAUAUAUUGAAAUUGUUUAAACAUGUCGUUCUCAAAAGCGAAAAUCCAACGGUUCAACGAGUUGGCGAGUGAUGUACCUCCACCUGGAGCGUAUGAUCCAAAACUCGAUAAUAAAGUCAAGGGUAUAGUAAUCGAGAAAUCUGAAAGAUUUCACGACAAUCGGAGCGUGGGUAGCGCUGACUGUAACUUAUCAACAUUGUGUAGCAGAAGCCACUCUUCUCAUAAUGCAGUUCCCACUUUUCGAACGCCGCAACUUCCGCGAAAGGCGAAUCGGGAACAAUCGAGAUCGACCACGAAAGUUAAACGCUCACUUAUUUCUCCAAACAAGCAAAAAUUGAAGUACAAAUCUGAACACGAAUACGCGGAUCUACAAAUAGAAUGCUUCAAUAAAGACAAUACGAUACAGGAAUUAGAGAAGCACAUCGAGGACAUGAAAGACGAGGUGCAGAGACUAGAAGAGCAGCAUCAGAAGGAUAUGGAAACGAUGGCGAAAUUGCAACAGGAAGUAUUGAACGAACACGACGAGAAACAUCAAGUCGAAGUUGAACGUCUCCGCGGUCAAUUGUUGGAAGCUUCGGAGGAGAGAGAGAGGGAAAUAGAAGCGAGGAAGACCAUGGAAGGGGAUCUUCGAAAUCGCCUCACAGACUGCCUAAAACGCGUAACCACCUUAGAAGAUGAACUUGCUAACAAAAAAUCCACAUACGUGGAAAAAAUCGCAUCCCUCGAAGCUCGAAUCGAAGAGUUAACAAUAGAUUUAGAAAUAAAAACCGGGGGUCUCAAGAACGAGAUCGGGCUGCUUGAAGAGGAAAAGCUCAAGCUCAAUUCCUGCGUCAAUGAAUUGAGUGACGAAAGAGACAAAUUGUUAGAAAAAUUGGAAACGCGACAGACUAUUAUCUUGGAGUUACAAGCGCAGUUAUCUACUCUCCAAUGUGAAUUAGACGAAUUGAGAGCAAAGUAUGAGAACCUGACUGAAGUCCUCACGUGUAGUCAUCAAGCGGAAAUUAACAGGCUGAAGGAUCAUUACGAAGAAAAGCUGACUCUGUUAAAAGAUAAGGAAAUAACUGAGCUGAAGGAAGCUAUGGCUAAGAAACUCGAAGAGGAAACAAUACGGAUCAAAAAGCAUGCCGAUAAGAUGGUGGAGAACGCGGAGGCUGUCACUAGAGAAACAUUGGCAGCCUGUCGUAACGAAUGCGAGGAGAGAGUCAAAAGAGUGAUCGCCGAGAGCGACGCGAAAGUAAACGCUAUGAUCAAAGAUGCAAAGGCUACUGUGGAAGAUGAAAUGCGACUUACCGCUGAAAGAUAUAAAGCAUGUUUAGCCCGAGUCGAGUUGGAACGAGCCGCCUUGGAUGAGAAAUUAGCGCAGAAGGACGCCGAGAUCACUAGACUUUCCAUGACUCUUGAAGAAUUAAGAUCUUCCGCCGAAACACAGGAGAGUUUCGGUCAGAGCUUGCAAAUGGAAUUGGAUAGAGCCGAGACUGAAUUAGCCGAGAAGAAGGAAGAGCUGAGAGCGUUAAAAGAUCAGAUCCGCGCAGAGGCUGCUGAAAUGGUAGCCAGAAAAAAGAGAUUCGAAGUGAUAAUGGCCGAGAAUCAAGCGUCGGUUGCGGCUUUGAGCACGCGCCUGGCUCAAAGUACCGCCGAGGUGGAAAGACUUCAAUACGAAUUGCAGCGUGGCGAAAGUAGCAUUAACGAACAUCGAGAUUUGCUUAAUAUCAUGCGGAGCAAUUCGCAAAUGGUGCAUGAGCAAGUGCAUGCCAUAAUGGAACAGUUGGACGUUAAAAAGGGAUUAGUCGAUCAGCUCGAGGCUGAGAGUUUAAAUGAAGUUCAAUCGAUGAAGUCUCUGUUCGAAGCUAAGAUCGACGAUUUGAGACGAGUAGCUGACAAAGAAAUCGCGAAAUUAAAAGCUGAUUGCGAUGCGAAAACAGCUCAGAACGCCGAGAUAACAAAUCAACUCCAUGAAAUGGCCAAACACGUUAACAACACGCAUAGUAUGAUGCUUAUAUUAGAAGAACGAAAUGAUGCUCAAGUAAAUCAAAUUUCCCAACUGGAACUAGUGAACAGCGAACUGCAAGAACGGUUAAACGAACAAGAAGCAACAAUGGAAGAAGUUGAAAGCUUGAAGGAUAAAUGCAGGAAACAUGAAAUUGCGUUGAAGGAAGCGACUUGCAAGUUAAAGGAACUCUCAGAUACAGUCACAUAUCUCGAGAACGAACAAGUGAUACAGAACUCUGGAUUACUUGAAAAUGAGAAGUCUCGUCGAGAAGCAGCAGAAAGCGAAAUAAAAAGACUUACCGAAUCCAACGAGCGGCUUAUGAAGGAGUAUGAAGAAAUCUCUGAGAAAUAUGCGGAGAUCAUUGGUCACCAGAACCUCAGGCAAAAGAUUAAACACGUGACACAAUUGAAAGACAAAAUCAAUCAGCUGGAACAGGAUUUGGAGGCUAAGAUGAAAAUUAUAACACAACAACAGAGAAUAAUAGAGAAAUAUAAAACGGAGGAAAAGAGAUUGCAGGUCAAAGGGAAAGAGAAUUUACAAGGCAUACCAAAAACAUCCACUACCCCGCAUAAAUCGUUAACUCCUCUGAGGAAUCGCAAUGAUUAAAUUUAAUUACACACACAUGGUGAUUUCUUUUUAGUUUACGUACUUAUGCCGUGCUGAAGAUCAUUACGGUCAUACGCUUUAAUAUUAACUAUAUAUUAUAUUAGAAACAAGAUUUUCGAUUAGAGAUUGACCAUUUCUUGUUUUCCUCCCACUUAAUCUUGAACUGAUGCAAACAUAAAAUUCUAUAUGGUAAUUACAUGAAGACAGAUAAGAUAUUUUAUACAUUUAGACUUUUUAUAUAUAUAUAUAUAGUACAAAUUUAUACGUGCGGCGUUAAGAAAAGGAAUUUUAUUUAUACGAAAAUCUACUUUUAUUCUCUGAUAAUAUCUCGAUAUUUGACAUUAUGUCUCAAUUAAUGUUACACAUGCAAAUUACUAUUAUUAAUGGUAAAUACGAUU